AAAUGAAUUCUGCUUCUGUGUAGGGGGGGGGCUGUGUCCGGAUUCAGACACAACAAACAUUUCGCUUCUAUUGUUUGGGGGGCACCAGCCUUACUGUAUGACAUGGGGGGUUACCUGACUGUGUUGCUGCUACUGAGCCUCCUCGUAGGUCCCAACUAUGGGGUGAAAGUGACUCAAGUCCAGAAGCUUCUGAUUAUCAAGUCGGGGGAAGCUGCAGAACUUUACUGUGAACAUGAUGACAGCAGCUACUAUAACAUGUUCUGGUACCAACAGAAACCGGACCAGGGACUGAAGCUCAUGCUCCACUCACUAAAUGUUGGCUCUGAAGAUCUGGAAAGUGACUAUAAAGACAACUGGGGGACCGAUAGAAAAUUUGUCCUGAAUUCAACUCUGAUUCUGAAGAAAGGGAACGUGGAAGAUUCUGCCACUUAUUUCUGUGCUGCGAGGUGGGGACAGGGGGCUGACAGACUGUAUUUUGGCGACGGCACAAUCCUCACUGUUCUCGAGAAAGGUCAAGAGGAGAAAAACGUGGCAAAUGUGGCAAUCUUCCGGCCAAACCCCAAGGAACAGACUGACCAUGGCUACUUGUCAAUAGUCUGUUUGGCCAGUGGCUUCUUCCCAGAACACGUCCAGCUUCAGUGGAAAGUGAAUAAGAAAGAACGGGAUGGAAGUCAGGGAAAAGCCAUAAAAACUGGGGACACCUACUCCAUCAGCAGCCGCCUCAGCCUCACCAAGAAUGAGUAUUAUAAUCCGGACAACACCUUUGAAUGUUCUGCCGGGUUACGAGGGAGGACUGACGUGAAGACGGAAUCUAUCAGGGGAGAGAAAAGUUGUGGCGUUUCCCCUGAUGAGUUGAAACGCAUUGUGAAUAAUGGGGUUUACUCUUACAUCCUAAUCCUUUGCAAGACCGCCCUCUAUGGGCUCAUUGUCACGGCUAUCGUCUUAAGGAAAAAGGCAAUUGCAAAUGCUUAUUAGUGAGGGCUGGAGAGUCGGAGGUUUGGCUUCAUAUUGGAGAUGUAACUGCAGCACCAAGCAAGUGACUAGAGAGAUCUUUGGCCUGAAGAAGGGUGAACAGAAGGAGGCUUAUGGGUUGGGGGAGGCAUGAGGGGCUUCCACUUGCAGUAUUUAUUCAUUUUCUGCCUGCACUUAUUAUAUCCUGCUUAAUAAAAACACAUUUACUGGA